AUGACCUUUGAGCGCUGCAGCGCUGAAGAAUUCGGGGGAGCUCUCUACGUAAUCGGAGGAUUCGACCAGCAGGGUGGGUCCGUGAACCUCAACACCUGCACGAGUGGACGUGCUGCAGGGGGGGUGUACGUUGAUGGGAGCUUCUACGAGGAAAGUGGCGCCAUGUACUUCCACAAUUGCACGAGCAGUAAGCAAGGAGGCGGAAUGUUCCUGCGCUGCAAUCAGGCUGGCUCCAACUCAUGCAAUAUCAACCAGUCACGCUUGGCUUUCCAUUCCUGCUCCUCUGCCUUCGGGGGUGGCCUAUCGUUGUCCGGUGCUCUCGACCUGAUGCAUUCCAACGCCAGCUUUGAGAACUGCCGUGCGGAAAGUGAAGGUGGAGGACUUGAGGUCACGAGUGGGUCUGCAGUGGCAGCUCAAGUUGCGAGGCUCGAAUUCAAGCAGUGUGCUGCCGGCGCAUAUGGCGGUGGAAUGCACGCCCGUGAGGCACAGAUGAGCCUUGACAACUCGAACGUGACUUUUGUCGAGUGCACCGCUGGUCGACAAGGAGGUGGCUUCGAGAUUCUUGACGGGCGGCUCACCCACAGCAGUGGCAUGAUGUCGUUUCACUUCUGUAAGGCUUAUACAGGUGCGGCCUUCAGCUCUACUUGGGGUGCUGAACUGGCUGAAGUCAAUGUCGAGAUGUGCAUCGGCUUAGGUUCAGGAGUCAGAAGUUCCAUGGGCAAUGUCUCCAUACAACGUUUGACCUUUGUCUAUGAUGACCCUUCUGCUGGACAUGAGCCGUCUGUGAUGGCACCGAACGUUUCCAUAUCAGAAGUGGACUGCACAGCAACCCACCAAUGCAGUGUGCACGCUUUCACCUGGCGCAUCCCUUCCCUGCUUUGCCCACCUGGGCGCGAAAAGCAUUCCGGUUCCUCUCCUGAGCCACACCAUGGCUGCAGAUUGUGUGAGCGCGGGUAUUUUCAGCCGCUUCCAUGGCGCAAUCCGCAUUGCCUCCCAUGCCCCAGCGAGGCGCAGGCCUGUGACGCCGUGUCUGUGACAAUGCAGGCUGGCUACAUGCUCGAUGUCCCGAACCUCUCGUCAAUCAAUGACUUCAGCGAACUGGAGUCGGUUAAGCGGACCUAUUUCUGUCCGAAUGCUGCUUCCUGCCCAGGAGGACGGCUGGCAUACCAGAAUCAGACAGCGAUGUGUUCGCCAGGGGCGACCGGGGAAGGAUGUGAGUUCUCCACGCCCGGCUAUUCGGCCGGGGAUUAUGACAACCCCUUUAGCAAGUUCAAAUGUCCCACUGCGCGGUCGGUUUGGGUUAUGGCUGCCAGCUACCUAUUCGGCAAGGAUCUGUUUGUGUUCGUGCUCGCGUCCUCUUCAGUGCUUGGUGCAAAAGCUGGGAGAAAGGAGAGUGCCGUCCUUGUGAACCAGUUGAUGGCCUUUGGCAUCAUUGCUUCUCGCUGCCUGGCGGCCCUCAUGCAAGCGGAAGUGUUUGCAAGGCAGUCCGUGUAUUUCCGAGACGUAUUGCAUGCUUGGGGCAUAGUGAUUGACGCAGGAACUGGACAAGCCGCUUCAGGUACACCUGUACGGUGCUUCGCUAAGGCCAUGUACGAAGAUCACAGUCUCACGGAAUUCUUUUCGUUUUUCGCUUUAGCCAACGUUCCAGCCCUUCUGCUGGUGUGCGUCUUUGGUUGCGCGAAAGGAUUUUGGCUCAGCAUCAUUGUGGGGA